UGAGCUUUCAAAUUCUCUCUCUUCUUCAAUCUUCACCGAAGAAAUAUGGCACAACCCAUCAACUUCACAUUGCUAGUGAUGAUGAUCCUCAUAUCUCUCUUCUCAAUUCAUCAUGCCACAGCUGUACCAUCCUUGAAAAGGCCUCAUCGAUAUAAUACUCAAACCGUUGCUUUCAUAAAAGGUUCUUGUCAAACCACUUUGUAUCCAAAUCUAUGCCUUCGUUGCUUAUACAAAUUUGCCAAUUCAAACAUUCAAAGCCCACAACAGUUAGCGCAUGUGGCCUUAUCUGUGAGUCUCUCACGAGCACUAUACACCAGAGAUUACUUGCUGCAAGUGGCCAGACAAUUCAAGGCAUUCGAGAGUAGUAAUCGUAGAGACUAUUUUGUUCUGCAAGAUUGCGUGAAGCAGAUCAAUGAUAGUGUGGACCAGCUUGGCCUUUCAAUAAAAGAGCUUGAAAGGUUGAAUAAGAUCCCAAGCACUGAGAUCAACGAUGGUGUCUUGUGGCACAUAAGUAACGUUGAGACAUGGGUUAGUACGGCUCUUACUGAUGCGAGCACUUGUGUGGAUUACUUUCCAGGUCAUAGGAUGAGUAAGAUGAAAGCUAAAAUAAGAGGUAAGGUCUUGAACGUUGCGCAAGUCACUAGCAAUGCACUUGGCUUGUUUCAAAGAUAUGCAACCAAGUACAGAGCAGCAGCAACCAAGAGACCCUAAAAGUUGAAAGAUAAUAUGGCUCUUUGCUUCUUCUUGUAGAUCAGAUCACGCGUGUUUUUUAAAGGGCAAUGGAAGUCAUGAAUUGAAACAAGAAAUUAAUCUUGUUUGUAUUGAUUAAUUCAUUUUAAUCAAUCUCUUUUCCAUUUGUUUGUGUAAAAAGGAGCCUUAAUUUUUUUAUUCUCAAAAUAUUUCAUGUCUAUUAUUCAAUAAUUCAUCUCUCAAAAGGAAAAGCAACACUGUUUAAUUUAUCUUAAAUGUAUACAAUUGGCUUAUGGUGGGAAUUCGCUCUAAAUGAUUUUUUCAUGCGUACUAGUUAACCUAAAGUAUAAGGUGGUGCAAUAUUACGUUGGAAGUUUGGAAAUCGAAGCAGCAUUACCCUGUCCCAA